AUGUCAUUCACAGGAACACUGGACAAAUGCAAGGCUUGUGAUAAGACUGUAUAUUUUGUUGAUUUGUUGUCUGCUGAUGGUACAACUUACCACAAAGCAUGUUUCAAAUGCAGCCACUGCAAAGGAACUCUGGUGAUGAGCAACUACUCCUCCAUGGAUGGAGUCCUCUUCUGCAAAACUCAUUUUGAACAGCUCUUUAAAGAAUCUGGAAAUUUCAGCAAGAACUUUCAAACUUGUAGGACCCACCCUUCUCAUUGA